UGAAAACACCAAACCCUGAAAGAGCUUAGGGUUUAACUCCCACAUCUCUGUAGGUUUUUGGUUUUCCCUCUCAGCGAACGCUAGUUAGGUUUCGUCAAUUGCUCGCUUGAAUUCAGCGUACUAGGCUUCAUUAUGGCGCAAGAUCCAAACAGCGGCAGCGGCGGCGCCACUCGGGAUGAGCCGACGGUGAAGGUCCCUUCGAAGGACCCCAAGAAGAAGGACGAGAAGAAGGACGAAGAUCUUUCGGAGGAGGAUUUGGCGCUGAAGCAGCAACUGGAGUUGUACGUAGAGAGGGUUCAGGACUCUGAUCCUGGGUUGCAGAAAGUCGCGCUUGAGAGUAUGAGGCAGGAGAUACGGACCUCAACAAGCUCUAUGACUUCAGUUCCAAAACCUUUAAAGUUUUUGCGUCCUCAUUAUGGAACGCUAAAGUCAUAUUAUGAAACAAUGGCAGAAUCAGAUGUGAAGAAAUUCCUAGCAGAUAUACUUUCAGUAUUGGCAAUGACCAUGUCUGCAGAGGGUGAAAGGGAGAGCUUAAAGUACAGGCUGUUGGGUUCUGAAGGUGAUAUAGGCUCAUGGGGCCAUGAAUAUGUCAGAAACUUAGCUGGUGAAAUUGCACAAGAGUAUGCAAAAAGACAGGGUGAAGAAGGCCCAAUUGAUGAUCUAAUGGACCUUGUACAACAAAUUAUUGCCUUUCACAUGAAGCACAAUGCUGAAUAUGAGGCUGUGGAUCUUUUGAUGGAGGUUGAAGACCUUGAUUUGUUAGUGGAGCAUGUGGAUGCUACAAACUAUAAAAGAACAUGCCUGUACCUCACCAGUGCUGCAAGAUACCUUCCUGGACCAGAUGAUGUACUAGUUCUAGAUAUUGCAUAUGUGAUCUAUCUAAAAUUUGAGGAGUAUCCAAGUGCACUUCAGAUUGCCCUUUUUCUUGACAACCUGCAGUAUGUGAAACAGAUAUUUACCUCUUGUAAUGAUCUGCUACGAAAGAAGCAAUUUUGUUUCAUGAUAGCUAGACAUGGUAUAGCUUUUGAGCUUGAUGAAGAGAUGGUUGCAGAUGAUGAUGAGAGGGCGUCAUUGCAAGAUAUUAUUGUUAAUAACAAGUUAAGUGAAGGUUAUCUUACACUUGCUCGUGAUAUAGAGGUCAUGGAGCCCAAAUCUCCAGAGGAUAUUUACAAGGCGCACUUGCUAGAUGGCCGAGCUAGUGCUGGUGCAAGUGUUGAUUCAGCCAGACAGAACUUGGCAGCUACAUUUGUUAAUGCAUUUGUUAACGCAGGCUUUGGUCAGGACAAGUUAAUGACUGUCCCCUCAGAUGCUUCAGGUGGUGGUUCUUCAGGAAACUGGCUUUUUAAGAAUAAAGAACAUGGAAAAUCCAGUGCUGCAGCAAGUUUGGGUAUGAUUCUGCUUUGGGAUGUUGAUUCUGGGCUUGCUCAAAUUGACAAGUAUUUCCAUAGUAAUGACAACCAUGUCAUUGCGGGGGCACUAUUAGGAGUUGGUAUUCUGAACUGCUGUGUCCAGAAUGAAUGUGAUCCUGCUCUGGCACUUCUGGCUGAUUAUAUAGAUAAGGAAGAUUCUUCUAUCAGAAUUGGGGCAAUAAUGGGCUUGGGCCUCGCGUAUGCUGGUUCUCAGAAUGAGCAGAUCCGUAAUAGAUUGACCCCUGUCCUUGGAGAUAGCAAAGCACCUCUUGAUGUGAUUGCAUUUACUGCAGUCGCAUUGGGCUUGGUAUUUGUUGGUUCUUGCAAUGAGGAGAUUGCUCAGGCAAUUAUAUUUGCCUUAAUGGACCAAAGUGAGUUGGUGUUGGGGGAACCCCUCACUCGAUUUUUGCCUCUUGGACUUGGCCUUCUAUACCUUGGAAAGCAGGAUAGUGUGGAGGCAACUGCAGAGGUCUCAAAGACAUUUCAUGAGAAAAUCAGGAAAUAUUGUGACAUGACCCUACUUUCCUGUGCUUAUGCUGGGACAGGGAAUGUGCUCAAGGUUCAACACCUUCUGGGUCAGUGCGGCCAACACUUUGAGAAGGGAGAAACCUAUCAGGGACCAGCUGUACUUGGGAUUGCUAUGGUAGCAAUGGCUGAAGAACUGGGCCUUGAAAUGGCUAUUCGCUCCUUAGAGCAUCUUUUACAGUAUGGGGAGCAGAACAUCCGAAGGACAGUUCCUUUGGCUCUUGGUCUUCUCUGUAUAUCAAACCCUAAGGUCAAUGUUAUGGAUACUUUAAGCAGACUUAGUCAUGACACGGAUACAGAAGUGGCAAUGGCUGCUGUCAUCUCCUUGGGAUUGAUUGGUGCUGGAACUAACAAUGCUAGAAUAGCUGGCAUGCUUCGGAAUCUUUCUAGUUACUACUACAAAGAAGCUAGCCUUCUCUUUUUUGUACGAAUUGCUCAAGGCCUUGUACAUAUGGGGAAAGGCCUGUUGACUCUUUCUCCCUAUCAUUCUGAGCGCAUGUUGCUAUGCCCGAGAGCACUGGCUGGAAUAGUUACCUUGCUGCAUGCUUGCCUUGAUAUGAAGGCCAUCAUAUUAGGGAAAUAUCAUUAUGUUCUUUACUUCCUUACUUUGGCAAUGCAGCCAAGGAUGCUGCUGACAGUGGAUGAGAACCUCAAACCUCUUUCAGUUCCUGUCCGGGUGGGGCAAGCGGUUGAUGUUGUUGGGCAGGCAGGUCGACCCAAGACCAUCACAGGUUUCCAGACCCACUCAACACCAGUUCUUCUGGCUGCUGGCGAUAGAGCAGAGCUUGCUACUGAGAAGUACAUUCCACUCUCUCCCAUUCUUGAGGGCUUUGUCAUAUUAAAAGAGAACCCAGAGUAUUGCGAAGAGCACUAGUUACCGAUUUGGAUGAAACUGGAUGUGUGUUCGCACUAGUUAUCGGAUAUCGCUGGGGGCUCAAAUUCGAGCCUUGCAUGCUUGAAUGAAACCUUACCAGAGAAGAUGGAAAAGAAUAGGUGGAAGAGUCUUGCUUGCCUUGCCGGCACUGGGGUGGUUACUUGUACAUGCUUUGUACUGAAAUUGUAGCACUGGGGUUCUUUCUACCUCUUGAUUUUGGCAGUAAUUAUAAUUUGUCACGGUGACUUGGCCACUUCUUUGGAAUGCAAUUAUAAAAUUUCUCUUA